ACGCAUGAACGCAGCAGCAAUAUAGGAAACCGGUGGACUGUUCCGGCCAAUGGCGCCACGGCCGGAGGUCUGUAAAGAUUCUCACUGCCAUGGAGUCCCUCGUAUUAUAAGUACCCCUCACAUCCCCAACAAGCUUUCCCAUCCACUUCAACACAUCAUUCGCAUCUUUGUUAGGUCUUCCUCUCCACCUUCCCAUGGCUUCCGUUGAGGUCGUAUCAGCACCGGUGGUUGAGGUUCCAACAGAUGCACCGGUUGCCCCUGUCGAAGCUGCAUCUGUUCCUGCGCCACCGUUCGAAGUGGCCGUCGUAGAGUCCGAAGACGCCACCGCAAAGCCCACUGUAGAAGAUCCCAAAGACGCCCCCGCGGAAACUGAUCCUGCACCUGCGGCAGCCGUCGAACAGGUCGUAGAAGAGCCUGAGGCUGACCCCGCAGUAGCAACUGAAGCAGCAGCAGAGCCGGAGGAGAAGGAAGCCGAAGAGACUGCGUUUAAGCCCACUGAAGAAGGUGAACAGGUAGCUGAAGCCGAUGCGGUGGAGGAGGAUGCACCGGCCUACGUCGAGGUGGUCGAGGCAGAGAAGGCAGAAGAGGAGAAGAAGCCUGUGGCCUGAGAAGAAGAAUGCGUGGCUUAGGUUUCUGAUGUCAGCAUAUAUGGUGCAGCAGCAGCAAGAACUAUGAUAUAUCAGUGUUUUAGGUCCAUGGAUUUGGGGUGUGUGUGUUGUUUGUGGUUCUCAGGUCUGUCUGCCAUCCUUGUUGAGUCUUCCAUGGUUGCUUGCAGUAGCUUUGUUUAUCAUGUUGGUUUGAUGGAUAACUUCAUCAUUAUAAGAGCUCCUUUUUCCUUUAA